UGAUCAAAUGAAUCAAAUUUCUUGCCUAACAGAUUCGAUAUAUACAAUUUCCCAGAAAUAACAAAACAACGUCGAGACUAGCGUGAGCAAAUCAUAGAUAACAAUUGCCGCCAUGCCCGCAAGCAAGUCGGGCCCAAGUGUGGCAGUGAUACCGGCAGAGAAACCGGAAACCGCGACAACAAACUCGUCCCAUGCUGCCGCCGACGUAGCGGCAGCCGCCACAACAACAUCAGAAGCAGCCCCAGAGGCGUCACCGAACGGUGGCGAUGAUGCUGCCAAAGAGGCGGAGGAGCGGGAAGAAUUGCGUCUGUUCAUCCACGAGCUGAGUGAGAAAAUAGAGAGCAAGCGACUGAUGCGUCAGCAAAAUGCGAACAUUGAGCUGCCCGGCGAGGAGUUCUUUGCCCGCCUCGACUCCAGCCUCAAGAAGAACACGGCGUUUGUAAAGAAGCUGAAAAUGUUCACCACCACGCAGCUGGACCCGCUGCUCCGGGAGCUGUCCGCCUUGAAUCUGAGCAAGUACAUAUCGGAGAUAUGCGCCGCCCUGGCGGAGGCCAAGCUCAAGAUGAACGAUGUGCCCUCGGUGGUGAUGCUGUCCUCGCGCCUUCACGCCACCUACGUGGACUUUGACACACACUUCCUGGAGGCCUGGCAGAAGGUGCUGAACAUCAAAGGCGAGAAGAUUGGCAACCCGAGCAAGUUGCGCGUCGAUCUGCGCCUCUUUGCCGAGCUCAUCAGCUCGGGUGUUAUCCAGAUGAAGCCCGGCCUGGCCCUGUUGGGCAUGGUGCUCGUCCAGCUGAUCGGCCAGGACAAGGACGGCCACAACAACUUCUCGAUUAUACUCUCUUUUUGCCGUCACUGCGGCGAGGAGUACGCCGGCCUGGUGCCACAGAAGAUGCAACAGCUGGCCCUCAAGUAUGGCGUUGAGGUGCCCAAAUCCGAUUUCCUGGUCGCGGACAAGCAGGCAAAUCUGCGCACCAUGCUCAAGGGCUACUUCAAGGCAUUGUGCAAGCAUGUCCUGGCCGAGCAGACCGAACUGAUGAACAUGACCAAGAACAUACGCCGCACGAUGGAGUGCAAGGGCGAGAUUUCAUCGGAGAAGCGCGAAAAGUGUGAAAUGAUGCAGGCGAGCUUCGACAAGCUGCUGGCCAGUGCCCAGACCCUUUCGGAGCUGUUGGCCGAGCCGCUUCCGGAGCUGGCCAAGGAGUCGGAGUGCUGCAGUCCGGGCACAGUGAUUGACAACAUGCUGGACAGUGCCGCAUUCGGGGUGCUCGAUCCUUGGGGUGACGAGGAGACGCGUGCCUUUUACACAGAUCUGCCCGAUCUGCGCCAGUUUCUGCCCGACUUCUCCGCCCCCAAGGUGGACCUGGAGACCAUGGAGGAGCCCAGCGAGCUGACCGAAGAGGCCAUCGAUGCCAAUCUGGAUGCCGAAAUGGACAUUGAUGAUCCACCCUCCACCAAUUCGGAUCCGCCAUCCGAGAGCACUGCCGACGACCAGCCGCCACCCGGCACGCCACCCCUGCUGCUGGCUCCUGCUUCGGGCACCUCGUCGAACGACCUGAAGCCUCAGAAAAUGUGCAGCGCUCUGAUGGAGCUGGGACGCCAGCAGCUGCAGAGCCAGCCCCAGACGACGGCCCAAACGCAGCAACAGAUACGACAGCAAUUCGAUAUAUUUCUCGUGAAUCUCUUCAACUGCGUCAACAAGGAGCUCAUCGACUCGGCGGCCAUCGAAUUUCUGCUCAACUUUAACACAAAGCCUCAGCGCAAGAAGCUGACCCGAACGAUAUUCUCGGUGCAGCGCACCCGCCUGGAUAUUCUGCCCUAUCUGUCGCGCUUCAUGGCCAUCGUGCACAUGUGCAACACCGACGUGGCCGCCGAUCUGUCCGAGCUGCUGCGCAAGGAAUUCAAGUGGCACAUACGCAAAAAGAAUCAGCUGAAUAUCGAGUCGAAGCUGAAGAUAGUCCGCUUCAUUGGCGAGCAGGUGAAGUUCGGUCUCUUCAAGAAGUUCGAUGCCCUCGGGUGCUUGAAGAUGCUGCUGCGUGACUUUCAGCAUCAUCAGAUCGAGAUGGCGUGCGCCUUUGUGGAGGUGACCGGCGUCUAUCUGUACAAUUGUCGCGACUCUCGUCUACUGAUGAACGUCUUCCUCGAUCAGAUGCUGCGCCUGAAGCUGGCCACGGCCAUGGACUCACGUCAUGCGGCCCAAAUUGAAAGUGUCUACUAUCUGGUGAAGCCGCCAGAGUCGUCCAAGCGCGAGUCGGCGCCACGUCCCGUCAUACACGAGUACAUACGCCACCUGAUCUUUGAGGAGCUGUGCAAGCAGAACGUUGAGCGUUGCAUCAAAAAUCUGCGUCGCAUCGACUGGCUUGAUCCGGAGACCAGCGGCUAUGCCAUCAAGUGCCUGAGCAAAGCAUUUCUAUUGCGCUUCCCACUCAUCCGCUGCCUGGCCGAUCUGGUGUCCGGCCUCAGUUCAUAUCAGCCCCGUGCCGUCACCAUUGUCAUUGACAAUGUGUUUGAGGAUAUACGCGCCGGUCUCGAGAUUCAUUCGCCGCGCAUGGCACAGCGCCGCAUAGCCAUGGCAAAGUAUUUGGGCGAAAUGUACAAUUAUAAGCUGGUGGAGUCCACACACAUUCUGAACACUCUUUAUUCAAUUAUCUCGCUGGGUGUGUCUACGGAUCAGAGUGUGCCAUCGCCGCUAGAUCCACCUGAGAGUCUGUUUCGCCUGAAGCUAGCCUGCAUGCUGCUCGACACAUGUGGCCCCUACUUUACCAGCCAGGCCACGCGCAAGAAGCUGGACUAUUUCCUGGUGUUUUUCCAGCAUUAUUAUUGGUUCAAAAAGUCACACCCUGUGUUCUGUAAGGAUAAUGAGAGCUCAGCGAAUCUAUUUCCCAUCCUGGUCGAUCACACAUAUCGCGACUGCCUGGGCGUUGUGCGUCCCAAGCUGAAGCUCUACACAAGCCUGGAGCAGGCCAAGGAGGCCAUCGAUCAGCUGCAGGAGAGACUCUUCCCCAAUCUGAAAUCGUAUGCCAGCAAUCCCAAUUUGGUCAGUGAGAUCAGUGAGCUGGACGAAGGCCCCACUGACGAGGAUUCGGGCAGCUCGAAUGAUCAGCGAGAGCGACAGGUGGCCGGCUUGGAGCCGGAGCAAAGCAACGAAUGUACUGAGAAUGAGACAGAUGCUCCAAUGGGUCCACCGCCAGCGCCGGAGUGGUCCAAGGAGGACUUGGACUUUGAGCAGCAAUACGAGAGAAUGACUACCGAUUCGUAUCAGGAGCGGCUGAAGGAGCCCGUCAAGGCAACUGCCAAGGACAUACCCGUGCCCAUGAUGGCGCGUCUGCAGAAGAAAUCCUACGAUCAGAUCACAGCCGGCCAGAUCUCAAAGGUGAGCAACUGUCCAGAACUGCCACCUCGCUCGCCAGCACCCGAUCUGCCCGAUGGCAACUCCGGCAAGACAGCAGUCAGCAAUGCAGGCGGCACAGGUGGGUCAGGGCCCGGGCCAGGGCCAGGGGCUGUGCCAUUUGUGCUGAUGGUGCGCGGCAACAGGGGCGGCAAGCAGCAAUUUAAAUCGUUUGUCUGCGCCUCGGACUCCCACUUGGCCAUCAAUCUGAAGGUGCAGGAGCAGAAAAUACGCGAGGAAAAGGAGAAGGUGAAGCGCCUCACACUGAACAUCACGGAGCGCAUUGAGGAGGAGGACUAUCAGGAGUCGCUACUACCGCCGCAGCAUCGAAACUUCACUCAGAGCUACUACCAGAAGCCCAAUCGGCACAAGUUUAAACACCAAAAGGGCGCACCCGAUGCGGAUCUCAUCUUUCACUGAGACGGCCUGCUAUCUGCUGGCUGCUGCCUUGGGCCGAAGGACACACACACACACGACCGAUCCAAGUCAAGUUAACAACCAGGGAACGCAAACCCACACUCACACACAGACUGGCACAUUGCCAGCGCAAUUAUGGUUAAAGCGGAUGACGGAUGAUGGAUCGGGAUGCAAAUCGUUGACAGACAAAGAGAAGUUGCUCCCAGCGACUCUUGACUGCUCCAGCAAGGAGAGCAGCUGCCUGCAUACACAGCCAAACAUCGUGUCUCAUAUCCAUGUCGCAUGUUGCACAGGAUCACUGGGAUAUAACACGCUUUUAUAACGUACUUAAGUUGACAGACAUCACAGCGGCUCAUUCAUCCGCUUUAAGCCAUCGCCAAGCCAGCGCUAGCAUGCCCCAAGAGAUUCUAAACUUAUUGCCAAUGCCAUGCCACUGCGCACAGAUUGCGAAGCAUGGCAGCUCAAGAUAUUGUAAAGUCCUUAGUCCCCCCCAGUCCCAAUCAUGAAGCACCUAUAAAGGAGUGCCCGUCGUCGGCAGCGUUCCUCGGGUCAUUUCCCCCCGACCGUGGUGGAACGCAAGUAUGAGCAGCUUGUGCUCUUAUUAUUUAAAGUUGCUCUCUCUCUCUCUCUCUCUCUCUCUGCACGCCCUUUCACUCGCACUUA